UUCAACCGAACUGUUCCGUAGCUUCAGCCUUUCCAAUUCCCGCCCCGAUCCAUCAUUGCGUUAUCAAUUCGCCACCGAACUCUGGACGACGACGACGACGACGAAAAUGCUGUCAGUUUCAUUUCGUAUCAUCGGAAGCGACAGAACAAGCGGACGAAAAUUGUGUGGGCAAAACCUAAUCCAAAGGUAACCCUAGUUCAAGAAAGAGUGGCCUGCAGAAGCCGCAGCUAAAGCCAUGGCCGUUUCGCCAUCUGCCCAUCCGAUGUGGAUCCUCUGGAUUUUAUUGGCGUUAGGGUUUGGAUGCGGGCGUACGGCGGCCUUCAAGGUGCCGUUUCGAGUGAAGGAUGCACUCCCGAUUCUCCCACGCCAGAUAUCCUGGCCGGUGAUGAAUAUCCUCCAUAGCGCGGUCGAUCUGCUGCCUGCUUUCGUGGGGUCCGUCGUUCCGGAGGGACAAGUUGUAACGUGGAAGGGGGCAUGCUUCUCGGAGAACGAGGCUCGACUUGAGUUUAGUGAGAGUGAUUGGGAAAACGGCCUCGGAGGGGGGGUUCUGUAUAUAAAGACUAGUUUAGCUCACAGCUGGGCUUGCUUGGAUCUCUAUGUAUUUGCAACACCAUACAGGAUAAUUUGGGAUUACUACUAUUCUGCUCGUGAACACACUUUAGAAAUAAAGUCAUGGGAAGAACCUGCAGAAAAGGAAUAUGUGUGCUACGACUCUCAUUUUCUU